AUCACCUUCUUCAACUUCAUUGGAAUGGCUACCAAUGAUCAGUCUUCGGCUAUUGAUGCUGUUCUUGCAGCAUUAGAUACACUAUACAAAAACCCAGAUAAUUCAGCCAAACAACAAGCAAAUACAUGGUUACAAAACUUUCAAAAAACUCCAGAAGCAUGGCAAACGGCUAAUGCUUUACUCCUCUCGCAGGAUUUACCUGUAGAACCUCGUCUGUUUGCUGCACAAACUUUCAGAGUCAAAUCAACAUAUGACAUCGACCAGAUACCAAGAGAAACUUUGCCAAGCUUAAGGGCUACCUUGAUCACUGCUUUACAAGCAUACAAAUCCGGACCAAAGGUUAUCCAAACCCAAAUCUCUCUUGCGCUUUCAGGACUUGCUCUACAGCUUCGUGAUGGUGAAGACCCAGGAUGGGGUGAUCAUGUGGUACGAUCAAUGAUUGAUACAUUCGGUAAAGACCCUAGCGAUGUCGGUACCCUUUUGGAAUUUUUGACAGUGUUACCGGAAGAGGUGAACAUGAACCAGAGAAUACCAGUCGACAGAGAGCACUACAAUACAAGAACAGUAUCGCUCCUGCAAACGCCUGCAAGAGAUGUUCUGGAGGUCUUGUCGGUAUACAUCCAAGCACAAGGCUUAACAGAAGCUAUACAAGCUUCCGUCUUUGCAUGCUUGGCUAGUUGGCUAAAAUCAGGCGAGAUUGAUAUUCACACUUUGAUGCAAACGCCUUUGUUCACAAUGAGCUUUGACUGCUUGACAAACGAGCAGCUAUUCGAUGGAGCAGUUGACGUCGUUUGCGAUAUCAUCAACGAAACACAAGAAGUUCAAGAUAAUCAAGAAGCAAUACAGCUGAUUAUCGCCAGAUUACUACCUCUGCGACCGGAACUACAACAAGCAAUCAGUGAUGGAGAUGACGAUAAAGUACGUGGACUAUGUCGUGUCUUUGUGCAAGCGGGAGAGGUAUACCAUUCUCUCAUGAUACCACACAAAGAUGCAUUCUUCCCCAUUGCAGAGGCUAUCUUUGCAUGUGCGGCAUAUUCCGAUUUGGAUAUCGUUCAAAUCACUUUCCGAUUCUGGUACUUCCUGACAGGUGAUCUGCAGAGAUAUGGCGACGAAGAGAAUGCUUAUGCGUAUGCUUCGAUCUAUCAGCAGCUAUUGGAAGCAAUCAUUAAGCAUCUACGAUUCCCCGACGAGAUGGAGAGCUGGUCGGGUCAAGAGCGAGAUGAUUUCAAGUCGUUCAGGCAUUAUAUGGGUGAUACGCUGAAAGACUGUUGUCAAGUGUUGGGAUCACAGACCUGUCUAGCCAGAAGUCUAGGCAUGAUUCAAGACGUUUUGACAAAUGCACAAGGAGGUAGUGCUAAAUGGCAAGAUGUAGAAGCACCUCUUUUCUCUAUGAGAGCGAUGGGAGCAAAGGCCGAUCCUCGAGAUAACGAAAUUUUACCGCAAAUAAUGGCCAUCAUUCCCGAAUUACCAAGUCACCCAAGACUAACAUAUGCCGCACUUCUUGUGAUUUCGCGCUAUACGGAAUGGGUCAAAUAUCACCCCGAUAGGAUACCAAUGGUAUUGAGUUACAUCUCUGCAGGCUUCCAGACGGCUGAUCUGGAUGUGACUGCAGCUGCAGCACAGGCAUUCAAGUAUCUCGGAGAGGAUUGCGAUGUCGAAUUGGCUCCAUUCUUGCCUCAAUUGUUUGAAUUCUACCAGGCAAUCGUUGAAAGGGUAGAUCCGCAAGAUGGACGUAGUAUCGCAGAGGCAAUCGGCUACGUGAUUGCUGCACUACCUGUUGAACAGGCAACAGAACCUUUGAUGCAAUUCACACAACCACUGCUGCAGAGCUUGUCAGCCGUUGCAAAUGCAGAGCCAAGCAGUGUGGCAAGAGCCGAUCUGCAGAAAGCAGCUGAUCGAAUGGAGCAACUUGACGCUAUGCUCAAGCCUGUUGGUAGCAAGAUUAAACCUUCCACUCUACCUCCCACCUGCUCUGCAACUUGCCAACAAGCAUUUGAUAUAAUUGAUACCAUUCUAGUGAAGCAUGGAUCGACAUUCUUUGUCACAGAACGAGCAUGCGAGCUACUAAGGAGAGGUUUGGCUUUCUUUGAUUUCCUUGCGAUUCCAGUCGUACCGGCACUAUUGGAACGAAUGGCAAACUCGUUUGAGUUGACGGGCUUCCCUUCGUUCAUAUGGAUAACAGGAAAGACGAUUGACACAUUCGGACAAAGACCGAUGGGAACGGCAUUUGAACGGAUAAGCGUAAAGGUAAACGAGAUGAUCAGUUCUGCAGGGGAAAGCGGAAAAUCGAUCAUUGAUAUGCCAGAUGUCAUUGACGAUUAUAUCCAUACCUGUGCAGCCGUUGCAGAGGCUUUGCCUGGGCAAUUAUUCCUCUCUGGCGCCUUUCCAGCCUCUUUCAAAAUUGCGGUGACUUGCUUGCAACAGAUGUAUCAGAUUUCGAUCCUGAACGCAAUUGUAGAUUACAUCCGUAUCGUUGUGGGUCAUGAUGCUCUGGAACAGAAUGCUGGAAACGGCUUUUCUCAAUCGCAUAACCAACUUGACCCUCAAGUGGCUUCGCAAUAUGCCAACGCAAUUCGUUCCGUUUUGCAUGAGCAAGGAGCCGCUUUGGUAAGUGCAUUGCUACAAGGUACAGUAACAACUUUUGAACCUGAAGCAUUGCCAGAUACGACGAUCGUUUUGCGCUUGUUGGCGGUCAAUGUGACUGGAUUCCAAGCCCUUCAAUCUUGGUUUGCAGCAGGAUUGGCGGGAAUUAAUGAUUCCGUCAUUCCACAAACGGAAAAGCAGAAAUGUAUGACGACUUUAUCGCAAGGCGAGAGCAACUCGAUCAAACCUGCAUUGCAAGGUAUAUAUGCUGCUUCAAGGAAAUCACGAGAAAGAGACCGUCUGGACAGACAAUCAAAUCUGCUGGAUCAGUGA